ACUCCGACCCUCCAGUGGCCCUGAACGCGAAGGCACGAUGGCACCCGCGAGAAGGAAGUCGACCCGUGCCCGGACCAAGGUCCAGAAGGCAAACCAGUAGGCCUCAUCUAUUGAUCUGGAGGCCUCUCUAGACAGAACCGUAUUGACUGACCAGCACGCAAACCUGUCUUUCGAAGUGCAUGUAGCGUCAGAACUCAGUUUGCAGACUCGAAAUGAAAUGUGGUCCAUCCUUGAGAAUAAUAUGAAAGACGCAUACACACGAUCCUCUUUUGGCUGGAAACCGGAUGAAAAGCGGGCGGAAUUAUUUCACGACUUGUCAAGAUUCAUUCUGCUGGUUUCUAUCGGCAAACGAUGGAAAAUGCAGAACAAACAGGCAGCGCGUAACUUAUACAGGACCGUAGGGUUUGAAAUAGACCCAACUUCCCCGGAAUACCCUGAUUCCGAUGAGGAAGACUCGCAAUGGAGUGGGGAGGAAGUGCGGCGGAAGAGUCAGCGUCGCAUAACGAGUUCAUUGCGCUCAGAGUCCGACAUAUGA